UGGAGCAGUUUUGAAACCAAAUGCCUGUCUCUCCCUGGACCAUCACAGAUCAAGUACCACGAGGAGUUUGAGAAGAACCGCACGGGUGGAGAAUCCCCGUCUCCUCAGACUAACACUUUCCCAGGCUUCCAUCAGCAGCCUGUGGAACCUCACAACUACCACUAUGACCAUAGCCCUGAGCCUGUGUGCCAUGCCACUCCUGUACCACCUUCUGCUGGGGGGAAGCGGUUCCGGGCCGUGUAUGACUAUGCAGCAGCGGACGAAGACGAGGUGUCAUUCCAGGAUGGCGACGUGAUCCUGGACGUGCAGCAGAUUGACGAGGGCUGGAUGUACGGGCGUGUGGAGCGCACAGGCCAGCAGGGGAUGCUGCCCGCCAACUACGUGGAGGCCAUAUGAGGGCAGGGAGGAGACGACCAGAAGUAGGGGAGAGGGGCAGAGGAGAAUGUCAGAUCCCAGUGUGCCAUCUCAUUUUAUGAUACACUUUCUUAAUUUAGCUUGCUUGUUGG